CGCACUGGCACCCAACCACGAGGAUUUCGACCAAACCACACAGCUCACUUUGCAUUUCGCCUCGACCAUGACGUCUUACGAAGAAGCCACGACGCCCAAGACGACAACAACGACCCGCCAGCGCGUGUUCCACAUUCCCGUGACCGAAACGAUUGCGUCUGGCCCGACGUUCAUCUUCCAAGACGCACUCGGCAAGCAUGAGAACGUCACGCCGCCGGCCGACGAACUCAACGCGAUCCGCGACGACCUCAACAAGCCCAAGCACCUCCUCGGCGAGUGGCCCUCGACGGCGAUCUGCGGCAACGACAUCAUGUCCAGCGUGCUCUACUCGGCCGGUAUCGUCGCGUUGAAGGCCGGCAAAUUGGCGCCCAUUUGCAUGGCCAUGGUGUCGGUCGUCCUCUACAUGUACCGCUUCAUCUACGAAGAAGUGGUCACGGCGAUCCCGAUGAACGGCGGGUCGUACAACUGCCUCUUGAACACGACCUCGAAGCGCGUCGCAGCCGUCGCGGCUGUGCUGAGUACGCUCGCAUACACGGCGACAGCGGUCGUCUCUGGGACGUCGGCGUGCUACUACCUGCAGUUUGUGGUGCCGGAUCUGCCGGUGGUCGGGACCACCGUGGGCUUGAUGGGCGUGUUUGCUGUCUUGGUCUUCAUUGGCAUCUCCGAGUCGUCGGUCGUGGCGCUCAUGAUGUUUUCGUUUCACAUUGGGACGCUCUCGGUCCUCGCGGUCUCGUGCCUCAUCUACACGAUCCAGAACCCCGAGAUCAUCACGGACAACAUGCACUCGGCGUACCCGCAUGUCGACUUUGUCGGCUCGGUCAUUGACGGCAACGUGUUUACGGCCAUUUUCUUUGGCUUUGCGGCGUCGAUGCUGGGCGUGACGGGGUUCGAAUCGUCGGCCAACUUUGUCGAGCAGCAACAGCCCGGUGUCUUUCGCAAGACGAUGCGCAACAUGUGGGCGUUCUCGGCCUUUUACAACAUUUCGCUCGCGGUCCUCGGCCUCGGUGUCUUGCCGGUCGCCGAGUUGCAGGCCAACGCCAACACGGUGCUGGCCAACUUGGCUCAAGUUGCGGCGGGUCAGUGGCUGGUCUGGAUCGUGUGCAUUGAUGCGUUCGUCGUCUUGUCUGGCGCGGUGCUGACGUCGUACGUUGGCAUCACGGGUCUCCACCGCCGUCUCGCGUCCGACCGCGUCAUGCCGGCGUUCUUUGCCGCCGAAAACAAGUGGCGCGGCACCAACCACUGGAUCAUCCUCGCCUUCUUCCUCCUCACGUCGUCGCUGGUCUUGCUCUUGGAUGGUGACAAUGUCAUCCUCGGCGGCGUCUACACGUACUCGUUCUUGUCCAUGAUGUUUCUCUUCGCGAUGGGCUGCAUGAUGCUCAAGAUCAAGCGCCAGGACAUUCCGCGCGACGUCCACGCGCCGUGGUGGGCCUGCAUCUCGGGCGCGACGCUGAUUGCGAUCGGGUACUUUGGCAUCCUCCUCGGCGACCCGUCCGUGAUUGCCUACUUCUUCUACUACGCACUCGGCGUCGCGGUCGUCGUCUUUGGCAUGCUCUGGCGCGUCACGAUCUUGCGCUGCCUCAUUUUUGUUAUCAACUUGCUGCCGGGCGGUGGUCGCAAGCACGAGAUCACGGAAGAGAUUGAGCGCCGCGCCGCCGAGAUGGACUGCGUCGUCAAGGAAGACAACAUUCGCUUCUUCGAACGCGAGAACACGCGCGUGUCGCUGCUCGUCAAGACCAUCAAGGCCAUCAAGGAGCAGCCGUUUGUCUUUUUCAUCAAGUCCCCGGAUCUCACGGUGCUCAACAAGGUCAUCUUGUAUGUCCGCAGCAACGAGAUGACCAACACGCUCCGGUUCGUGCACGUGUACGCCGAGCCGACGGACGACGCGCUGGAAGCGAUUUCCGCGCUCAAGGAGAUGGUCGCGCUCUUCGAUCGCAUUUACCCCAAGCUCAAGGCCGACUUGGUCACGAUCCACGGCAAGUUUGAACCCGCGCUCGUCCAGUGGCUCAGCCACGAGUACGACAUGCCCACCAACAUGAUGUUCAUCAAGCAGCCCACCAACCAGGCCGCGCACAAGGUCGCGGGUCGUGGCGUCCGCGUCAUCACUGGCUAA